UAAAGAAAUUUUAGGGAUGGUUCAGCCUAAAAGAAAAAGAAGCCUAAGAAAAUCUUCCAAGGAGUUUUGGCGCCGGCGCUCUCUGUCGAUAAUCUAGGCGUCGCCGUCUAUCCGCUGACAUUUUGGACAUAGUUUGAUAUAUAGGUCCUCCAAAUGAAAAGAGUGCUAAGGAAAAGAGUGCUAAAGGAAAAGAAAUCUAAUAUUGUUAUGGGUAAAGCUAAGGGCAAUGGCCGGAUGACGUGGGAGGAAGAUUGUGUCAAAUGCUUUCUUGAAGCGUGUAUUCACGAAGCGACUAGACUACAUAGAAAAGGAAGUGGCCUUCAUCAGUGGUCGUGGGUAUAUGUGAGAAAUCAACUUCAAAUAGUUUGUCACAAAAAACUUGCUAUUAAACAGAUGAGGAAUAAAUAUGAUUCUAUCAAGUGGACGUUCUUUGGAUGGGCAUAUCUGAAAGAGAACAUGGGACACCUGUAUAAUCCUAAAACUAAUACUUUUAAGUUGACAGAUGACGAUUGGAGAGAUUUCAUCGAGGAACAUCCGAGGGCUAAAUCUUUGAGAAGUUCUCCACUUUUGUUUCCUGACUUAUGCGCUCUUCUACAUGAGAGAACCUGUACCCUUGGCGGGUUUAGGCGGAACCCCACCUCCAAACUUCCAAGGUCCCCUGUAUCACUGUCUUCUCAAGAUGAUCAACCACUUGCUAUUGAAGAUGUCUCCUCUGAUAAUAGUCAAGAAGAUGAUACUGAAACCCCCUCUACUUCCAUGUCGCCAAAUACACAACUACCUGCAAUGGAAGCUAUCCCUAAUAGUCUAAACGGUGAUAUUGAAGAAUCCUGUAGUCUCAGAUCUCCAAAUGCCCAUAUACUUGAGGCUGAAGAUGCUCAGAAUGGUAAUCCAAAAGGUGGAACUCAAAACCCUGCUGCCCAAUGUUCUGAAUCUACCACUUCUGCUCCUUUGGUUGAUAGAGCAAUAAGACCGAGUGCAUUGAAUUUUAACUCUAAUGGGGAGAGAGCUAAGACAAAGAACAAAAACUUUAUCGAGGAAAGACCUAUAAAAAGGUGCAAAACCGCACAGAUGGUUUCUCAGGUAGAAGAUAUUUCAGAUGCAUUCAGAGUAAUUAUCAAAAGUCAUCUCUCCCAGCUAGAAGAUAUUUCAGAUACACUCAAAGUAAUCACCAAAAGCUACGGCGGGCCUUCACAAAAGGAGUGCAUUGACAAGUUGAACCUAGUCGGGUGGGCCAAGAAUAGUGCUAAUUAUGUUGCAGCACUGGGUAUAUUUUGUGAGGGGUCUAGCUACAGAGAAGCAUGGAUGUUGUUACCGAUAUUUAAUGAUGAGUUGAUAAAGUUGUGGGUUUCAUCUGUUGGGAGGAAAUUGGGGUAUAUGUAAAACUAGUUUUCAGGAUACUUUAACUUGACCUUUUAGGAUAGAUCUUUGAACGAUGAAGCAUAUAUUGACCUGAUCAUCUCCAUGAUUUUGUUAUUUUUAAGGUCAACAGCGAAUGUUAUAGACUUAUCGUAGUAUGUUUGGUUUA